AUGAACAGCGAGGGGCACAGAGUCCCUUCAGAAUCCCAGUCCAAUGUCCAGUUCAUGCGUAGAUGGUUUAAGGACAAUGCACGCAAGGCCGAUCUGAGGCCUAGAUGCGAGCCUUUGAAGACCCCAGUUGCUGUCGAGGUGAGCCUCGAAAAUGUGAAAUAUGGUCAAGGGGGAGGAGAGCAAUUUCAGGUGCGGGUGUAUGAGCCCCAGGACGGAUCCCAGUCUGAAGGCAUCAACCGGCCGGCUUUGAUCAUGUAUCACGGAGGAGGCUGGGUUCUCGGUGACCCGACCGCAGACGAAGACCUUUCGAUUUUCUUUGCCAGCGAGCUCCGCGCCGUCAUCUUCAGCGUGGACUACCGUCUUGCGCCGGAACAUGAUCUCCGAACAAUGCACAACGACUGCUAUGAAGCCUUGAACUGGGUGACGAGUCCAGACAUAUCGGCCACUUACCGAGUAGAUCUCUCUCGCCUUGGUCUUUGGGGAUGUUCCGCCGGCGCUCACCUUGGAGCGACGGGUCUCCUGCGCGAUGCGGUGGAACGUGCUUCCUCCCGCUUACGACAAGCCAGCUUGGUAGUUCCAGCUGUCUGCCACCCGCACGCUUUCAGCGGCCUGCUUGGACAGACAUUUGAGAAAAAGAAGCAGACGUAUCUCAAAGAGACACCGUCUUCUUUUCUUGGGCACAUUGAGAAUCUCUUCGGUAACGUUGUCUGA